AAAUGUCGUUUCUACGGAGUAGAAAGAAGGAUCAACUACAUCGCGCAAUUGUAUCGAGUACCUCGUGUAGACCACUUCUUCUUCUGCAAUUAUUUGCUUUCGCAAGUUUAUUGCUCGCUCCUGUAGCUGAGACGAAAGAACAAAAUGACCUCGUGCACCUCGUCACGUUCGGCACGCAUGGCGUGUUUCGGAAAACGCAGGAUUUGUUGGACAAAACAUUUUUCUAUGCCGGCUUCAAAUCUCAUAACCGCUGGCUUUUGCCGAGCCAGCCGGGUGUGUGGGAAGUUCCAGAGGAACCACAUGCGGACAAGGAUCUUGAAGUUGCCUUCGGUAAAGGACAUCAAGAAAGCGCUGUGCAGCGACGGGAGUCGCAACCUCACGGCACGCAGGGCGAUAGGCAAAGAGAGGGCCGGUCUCCUUGCUUUUCGGGUAGAUCGGAAGAACGUGACAAGCUCUAUUCGGCGAAACAAGAUGUUGACAAAAAUAUCACCACCGCACGACCGUGGGAAACUGAUCUAGUUCCGCUGCAUGAGCAGGCGCUGCCGUCGAACCUGGUGGGAAAAACCAAUCUCGUGUACGUGCGCAUGUCCCCGCGAGGAACGAGGAGGCGGGGUGCGGUCGACUACAGCUGUUUGCAAGAUGAGAAAAAACCCGAGCGUGCAGCUACUAGUACCGAUGGUGCGUCUGAUGUUUCUUCAGCUGUAUCUUCCGUGCUGUCACACGCGCAUGAACUCGCAGUUUCCGCGGCAACUGGGAUGAACGGAGACCAUGCACAACAUGCGACUACUUAUUUUCAAAUCCGGCGGCUGAAUCUCGCGGCGACCAGCUGGUGGCAGAGCCACAAGCUCGCUUUCCAGCAACUACAAGCCGACUACAAGAAGCUUAACAGCUAUUACCUCCACCCCGUCUACCUAGGCGUCCGACCGCUGAUCAUCAAGGAAACUUUGGAGAAAUUCAUCCCGAAGAACCAAUUUCUCCUUCUCCAAGACCCCAACAAGUACGCCGGCAUCGACUUCGACAGCGGAAGUCCAAUUUUCAACAGCUCCUUCUUUCACAGCUUGAACAGCGACGAUCUUGACACCAUGCGGAAGGUCACGGAGCAGGAGGGCGGCGUUCUUGCCGGAAUUUUUGGCGCCCGAAUUCCGCUGUCGAUUCGCCGGGAGUUCAUGAGCGGUUGGUUUCGGUCGGCUUUCCGCGUGAUGUACGAGGAGUUCUUCCAAAGUGCGUUCUCAGGUGCUGUUGGGGAUCAGGAAGGAGAGCAAAGUUUCUCAGCAGCGAGCAGUACUUUCAGCAGAAACAAUAUGAACAAGCCAAGCAACUUCACGAAGCACAUCUCGACCUUGCGACACGUCGCGUUCAAUCCAGAGCAAGCGUUCUCACCUGUUGCCGAAAACCCGGGUUCGAAUCAUCUAGACAUAAAUGGUGCAGCAAGUAGAACAAGUGCGCUAACGGAGGGCGAUUUCGAUCUAGACCUACACACCAUCCACGACCGCGCGGAGACCGGGUUGAGAAACAAUGUAAAACCGUUCUCGCUGCUCGACAUGGAUUGGCUGCUCAAGUACCAUAGUGUGUUGCACAAGCUUCACAGUUUGAACUUUUUUCCCGACCGCGAGCAGAUGCAUAUGGACUUCUACACCAUGCUGCGAAAUUUACUGCGCAGACGGGCGCAGUGGUGCGAGAUUGAGAAAAUUUCGCAGGAGCAGCAAGCCGGCGAACGGCACGACGAAACGGUGAAGCUAUCGCCGAUAGUUCUGAGUGACGAGCAAGUGCGGAUAGAACCGGAAGACGCCUUCCGCGCUGUUUGCGUCGACGCGGAAGUACAAGCAGCGCCGUUGCGCAGGGCGAUGCAGGAGAAGAGGAUAGCAGAAUUGCUUAGCGCUUCUGGUGGGAUGGAUUCGUCUAGCAGCCAAGAUGCCGACUGGUCUUCGGAACAGCAAAAUCAUUUCGAUCAGCACCUUGCAACCGACACGGAGCUGGUCCGCGCUUUCCGGCGGUGCAGUGAGUAUUGGAGGGAAGAAGCGCCAAUGAUUCAGGACACGUGGUUGCUGGUGCAGAACAACGAGCUGACCGUCCGGUUUCUGAAUCUCUGGGUUAAUUUGCUAUCCCCCGUACACAAUCGGCACUUGCUGCUCCAAAUGCCUUUCACAGAUCAGACCGCACUCGGGCUUCUCACGCGGGCGCUGGACCUAAAGUCGGCGACUUUUCCGGGCCUGUAUGAGCGGUUGGAGCCGAACUAUUUGAGCUAUGGAACCUGCCGAACUGGCAGAGUGGAAGCGAAUGGUGCCCCCGCGAAAGCCACCCGAAAGGAAGUUUGGAAGCGCGUGCCAGGGCUGAGUGCUGCGCAGUCUACUGUAACAAAGGAUACGUCGGUCAUGCAGGAAAGAGCGCACUUCAAGCUAGUUUUCGAACAAGAGCAAGUAGAAGAAAAAACAGCAGUCACACCAGGGGCAGAACUCGCAGCCCUCCCUCCUUCCUGUCCAGUCCCGCAUUGGGUGGUGAGUCGCCGCGAAGAGGGAUUGCACGGGUUGGGCAACAGGCUGAAAACGCUUGGCAAACUGGUGCACGAAAUUCGGCGAACUAGAACACGGCUGCAAAAACGGGAAGAGGCGCUGGGAAAGACGAAUAGGCAUUUGACAAUCGUAGACAAACCCGCAGAAGAUGUGAAGGAUGGCGGUAUGUCCUUGCUCUCUUGGAGAGAUACCAGCGCGCAGGACCUGAAUUCCAAAACUGCCGGUAGAUGGUGGAUGUUUGAUUGAUCAGAAUUUUGUACUGAAGCACAUUAGGCCAUCCACAUGCGAACUGUUUUUUUUAUCUACACCAGCAA